CGUUGUAGGUUGUUCCUCUUUCCUUCCUAAUUCAUCACCCACAAUUGUUCAAACAAGAAAAAUCCGAUAGCUUCUUUUCAUCAAUAAACACAUUUCUCCACUCUCUUCUCUGAUUUCUCCAAGUUUUCUCACAAAACAGAAUCCUUUUGUCAAGAAACCACUUUCUUUAUGUUUACCAGAAAUCCCCAGAAUUUCAGCCUUCUUUUUCUCCAAAAAUUGAGGUUUCUUAUUUGAAAUGGACAACGAUUCCAUUACUUGGUCAGUGAAACUGGAGAGACAUGCUUUUGGGACAUUCUCAAUAGCCUAUAAACAAGCACAUCCGCUGAGAAGGAGAGAUUUUGUUAGGAUUGAUAAUGGCAGCAAUUUUAUUUUUGUUGGACUCUUCAAAGUUAAUGGAAUUUCAGAGGAAGCUUCUUGCUUUCUCUUUGAACACUUUCUAGAAAAUCUCAAAGUGUAUGCAAAAGACUCAUCUUGGUUUUCAGUCGAGUACCUUGAGCAUGCUCUAUGUGACACAGGACGUGAUUUUAAUGAUAGAAAAACAUCUCCUAUUGAUAUUGGGGCCAGUUGUUUGGCUUUAGUGUUUGAUGGUGUACAUCUCCAUCUUUUGAAUGCGGAAGAUUCCAGGGCUCUGGUAGUGGAAGAGGCUCUUAUCGAGCAACUCACCACAAUUCACAACCGACCCUACUGUACUCAGCUUUUUGGGCAAAGUAUUGUGGUAGGGACACCACAAUAUCGUACAAAACGGUUAGCAGUAAGCAACAAAUUCAUGAUUGUUGCUUCGAGGGGACUUUGGAAGGUUCUGAGAAACGAAGAGGCUGUACAUAUAGUCCAAAGUAAUCCACCAGAUGAUGAUAUCACAAUUGCUGUGAUAUUUCUAGACUAUGAAUUACUGCACCAGCAUUUUACUUUUCCAAAUCCGAAAGUGCAGUUCUAUUCUUCUUAUCUACCACCAGCAACACAAGAGGAAGACCUUGGAAGAAUGAUCAAGUCCAGGGACUUGAAAAGACACCCCUAUGGGGAGCUGUCUGCAGCUGCUAUUGAAGCUCAUGAAAUAAUGAAAACCUACUGCCAUUUGAAGAUUGGCGGUGAUGGUUUAUUCUUUGGAAUAUUUGAUGGGGGCCAUUCAGAGAAAGCGUCUCACUUUCUAGCUAACAAUUUGUACAAGACUUUAAAAGGGAUUGUUGGAGACACUGAGUCCAUUGGUAUAGAUUCUUUGAGACGGGAGAAGAUUUUUUUCGUUAUGCAACUGGGGAUACAGACUCAAGUUGUCUUGCAGGAGUCAUAAUGAAUAGAUCAUUGUAUCUUGCCAAUAAUGGAAGUUCUUGAGCUGUCCUUGCUUGUUUGGAUGAGUCAAGUAGUCUGGCUGCUGUACAGUUAACAACGAACCAGAUUGCAAAUGAUUAUGCAACCUGUUGCGGCAUGUGGGUUCUGCAUGGUGGUUGAAAAAAGCAUGCAAAUUUCAGCCUUUGAAAUUUGGUUGCAUAGGAAAUCUCAUGGCAGCCUAAUUUUGUUGAAAAAUUGAAAGUCUCAUGGCAGCCUUUGAAUGGAAAUUUGGUUGCUACAACUUUGUCCAUGCAACAUUUAUUGUGCAUGGUCGGAUGAUGACUUUGGAGCCCAUUGCAUUCAUUGUGGGUGGUUGGCAUUUGGCUAUAAAAGGCCAUUUGGCCAUUCGGCAAAGACACCAAGAAGAGCAAUCCAAAGCAAAGUGAGCUCUAGAAAAUACAAGAGUUUUGUGAGUGCUUUGUGUGAAGGUGAGCAAGAGCAGAGUGGUUAAAAUUACUUUGCUGAGUGUUUUUUGAGUGUGUCUCGCAUUCAAAAAUACUGUGAG